UUUCUUUUUUUUAAUGCGGCAUUCCAUUGUGGCUUUUAAUUUUAAUUAACAUCUUUUUUUGUUUGUUUGUUUUUUUAUUUUUCAUCAGUAACUUCUGUUGUGGCUUUUUUUUUUUAACAUUCUUUUUUUAUUUGUAGCAGUGGCGGUCCUCGGCCCCCUCAGUAAACUCCUCGGAGCUGUGAUUUCCGACGCUGUCCUUGUCCUCUAAACCUCACACCGUGUAUUUGGAUGACAGGGGGAAAGGCAGGAUAUCUUUUUCCCAUCAUGCAGCGCGAGUGGGUUCUCCCUCCGUGAUCAUCCAGGGAGAGCAGGAGAGAGAGCAGUAAUGGCGGCCGGAUAGAUCCACAUCCAAACACCGCGAACGUCCGCAAUCAAGCCGCCCUCAGCGCAGCCCUCCGGGGGGGAACCAGCCUCACAGACCGCGGCGGAACCAGCGUGACUGAGCCGGAGCGGAGAUACACGGACCUGAGGGGGACGGGGGGGAUCCUUUAGUGGACCUUUGCUGCUGCCUGGGACUUUCCUCCUCCUCCUUCUUCCACUUUUCUAAAAAAAAAAAAAAAAAAAAAAAAAAAAUAUGGACGAGCACCCCGGCGGAGGAGGGGGGGCCGGAGGAGCGGGCACCCCGAGACAGCCUCCGCCGCAGCAGCAGCAGCAGGGGGGGGUUAACAGUAACGGAGGAGGAGGUGGAGGUGGAGGAGUCAUGGUGCCGCACCAACCGGACGAGCUGCCCCGGCCGCAGCAGCAGUACACCAUCCCCGGCAUCCUGCACUACAUCCAGCAUGAGUGGGCCCGGUUCGAGAUGGAGAGGGCGCACUGGGAGGUGGAGAGGGCCGAGCUCCAGGUUAGCACACUUAGCUUAGCGCUGAAAAUUAGUCAGGUUAACAACAAUAAUAAUGACAAUAACAGCUAUGGUUUAGAGGAGGGAAGGCUGCACCUCCUCCUCACAUGUUCAUACCUUUUCAUACCUGUUCCUUUUAUUUUAUAUCACCUUUUAAAUUAAACAUAACGGUUAUUAUGGGAGCCACUGACAAGGUUGAAGUUGGUUUCUCAUUCGUCGUCUCUGACUCGGCUUAUGGGAACAAGGUCCUGAUCCAGAACCGACACAGACAGACCUCUCAAACUGGACUUAAAUAUUCCUAAAAAAAAGUCUUAGACUGUGUUUGAUUCAGUUUUAGACACGGAGAAUAAUUAUUCCAUUAAUAAUAAAUAAAACAAAGGGUCAUCUCAGAGCUUUACUCACAUCUACCCUAGGGCCGGGUGAUAUGGGAAAAAGCUCAUCACGAUAUAUUUAUUUCAUAUCCGCCAAUAUCUGUAUAAAACACUAACUGGCGUCAUUUUGCCCAUAUUGGCAUAUCUGAUGUAGGACUUGGUGAUAAACCAAAAAUUUACUGGCUCUGAAGUUUACAACAAUAACCAACAUAAUUCUGACCACAUCGGUAUAUCUGGUGUAGGGCUGGGCGAUAUGGGAAAAAGUUUCUCAUGACAUUUUCAUUUUAUAUUAGUCGAUAUCCAUAUAUGUUCCGAUAUAAAAAAAAUCACUUGUCAAUCUUAGAUGUUCCCUGUUACUCUUAAAUGAAAGUUAACAGUUGUUAUUGGUCUCAUGUGUUUUGCAUUACAGUAAUCUUCUGCAUCUGUGAGGUCUUAGUGUCAUUCAUUUAUUCAUUCAUGUUCAUUAGUUAUUCAUAUAGUCUACCAAAACAUGGCAUGACUAUGGAAAAGUAUAUUGACCAUGUUUUAUAUUGAUAUCGGGGGAUAUUAAUGUUCAAUAUAUAUCGUUAAAGUUUUAUCGCUCAGCCCUACUCUAGACCACAUUGAAUCUGGUCCUGACAAAGGCCAGACCAAUCCACUUUAUUUAUAUAUCACAUUUUAAAACACCUUCAAGUUUACCACAGUGCUGGACAGUUAAAAUGUACAAGUACAAUCACGACAGAAAGGUCAGAGAGGUGCUGUGGUGCUGAUCCAUUUAAAGAUCUAAAAACAAACAAUAAAAUUUUAAAAUGAAUGUGAAGCCAAUGGAGGGACAUCUGAAUCGUAGUGAUGUGGUCAUGUUUACGUUGUUAAAAGAUGAGCAGCGGCAUUUUGGACGAACCUGAUUAACACCGACACGUUACAGUCGUCCAACCAAAGUGUGGAAAUAAAAACAGGAAUGACUCGUUAAAAAUCUGUAAAAGAUCAAAAUGAUAUAAUGUUGGAAAAAAGCCUCAGAUGAUAAAAACUGGAUUUAACUAAAGAGUUGAUUUGUGGAAUUAAAAUCAUUGUCAACUUUUACACCAAGAUUUAAAACUGUGGGUUUAUAAUAAGGUAAACAGACUAUAGCCUAAAGAGUCUAAAUGUAUGAAGUUUAACUUCUUCUGAUUUUAGAUCUGUCCCAUUAUGCUCUAAUAUUAAAAAACAUGCACAGUGAAGUCGCUCAUUUUGCUUUUCACAAAUUAAAAAAGGGUUUUAUAAAACUGAAACAGUGUUUUACAGGAACUGUAGAUAUAAAUGUGUUGUUUUGUCCAGAUCUAUGAUGUCUUAGUUUAGUGGUUUUGGAUCAGAACCUUGUUUCUCCCGAACCUUCCCAGUCUAAGCUGAGUCAGUGUGAAUGUGAGUCCAACUUCAGCGCCGUGCUUCAUGUGUAGCAGGCUAGGCUAACCGUUAGCUUCACAGCGCUGUCAGAACAGAACUUUACUCACAGUUAAUCACAUUUUCAACCCCUUUAAACACAUGAAAUCUACAUUUCCGAACUUUAAACUACUGCCGGCCGUUAAAUGUGUACAGUAAAUGUUUCUAACGUCGUUGAAUUGGUGUUUAAUGUGAAAACAGAGGAAAGCGCUGUUUGCUGUCUGAAGGUAGCCUAGCCUUGUGUUAGCCGCUCUGUUGUUGUCACUUCAGCCGGUUAGUCGAUGAUUUAAUUCUCCGACUGAACUGUGGAAACACUCUCAGGGUUUAUUGUGGACUUGGAGUCAGAGGUGGAUAAAGAAGAAGAAGUGAAAAUAGCUGACUGUCUGCACUUUUCUGUAUUUAGCCUUUCUGCUUUAGCGGUGCUGUUAGCCUGAGUUUGUGUCGAUUAACCUACAAACCGGCUAAAGAGUCUGUGAGAAAGUCUGAAUUAUGGUCAGAAGAGUCUAGAAUCGUUCACAGUACAUAUAUAGGUGUCUGUAUCUGUCCGGUUUGGAUCAUAUUUGACUGAACAAGGAGAUUAAAGGAACAUUUCAGAGUCUUUUAUUCAACUAAAGACAGGAAGUCCUGCCUGAGACUGAGCCCACUUCUUUUUGUUGUUGGCAGGAGAAUAAUAAACUGAUAUCAGUUUUUUUAAAGGUUGAUAAAAAGAAAGCAGCUAAGCUGAUAACUGAUAUAUAAAACCAAUAUCAGUCAGUCCAUUUACAUGCACAGUUAGUUGGAUCAGUCUUCUCUCCUUGUCCUUGUAUACAUGCAGAAAGUCGAAUUAUUGACGUGAACGUGUCCUCCUCCCCAACACUAGGGGGCAAUAUGGGUCUUUUCAGCGGCGCUGUUUCCGUCCUUUUUUAAGGAUGUCUCCGUUCCUCAUUUUGCAACCAUCUAUAUAUCUUAAAAUGUCCAUUUCUGUCAGGACGGAAAGCAUAACGGCGCUCUCCUCGUCGUUCCAAAAGUGGACGUUCAAAAGUUCUUUAAAUGAUAGCACCACUUCUUCUCUGGUGUUUUUGUUCGAGGGUUACGGGGGCGUGGCGCACGCCCUCGUGCAUUGUCCGAUCAUACUCCGACUACGCUGGUUACAUGGUAGAGAAUAUCAAAUUUCAAUCGUAUUAUCUGGGUGACUUAAUCGGAGUUCUCAAACUCUGAUUAUAGUCGGACUAAGGUGUUUACAUGACCUUCAGUUGUCCGGUCUUAAUCGGAGUAAGGUGAUAAUUCGGUUUUCUCGAGUGUCACGUAAACAUACUGAGUGUUUCCUUAUUUUUCUCUUGCACUUGAUGAAAUACAAUCUUAUACUCCUGCAUACAUAUAUAAACAUUCAUACAGAGACAGAUAGGUGCACCUUUCUUUCAGAAUUCAAGUGUGUAAUAGAGGAUCAGAGAGUAGUGCUGUGGUCCAGAGUGGUUUAAAACACCAACACCCCCUGCUGCUGCUGCUGCCUCUCACAUGAGCUCACCUGGACUUUACCUGAGAUGAUACCAGAGGGCAGCAGAAGGUCCUCAGGGUGAGGAUCCAGGAACUUUGUGCUCUUCUGAGAGGACCUGAAGAUGUUUGAGCGUGAUGGAGCAGCUGUGGCUCAGCGGUACAGCGGGUCCUGUCUCCGCUGAGAGGUUGAGAGUUUGAUUCCCGCUCAUCAAAGUGUGUCUGGACAGGACGCUGAACUCUGAUUGCUCUGUGUGACUCAGUCGGCGGUGUGUUAAUGCAUCUAAGUGGAAUUAGUGAGUUUGGCAGCAGUCUGUGUGUGAAUGGGUGACUGUGGAGAGUGGCUGGAAGUGGACAGAGAGCAGAAAAGCAAUAGACAGUCCAUUUAGUUGAAUCUCUGAGUGACUCUGCAAACAUGAAGUGUUUAUACCGCCAUGAAGAGCGGCUGGUGUCAGGAAGUCUUCAUCAGAGCCGCUGGAUUGUGUCGAAGAGCGAAAACAGAGUCUGACUUCGUUUUAUAAAAAGACAUCUUAAUGAAUCAUUACAGCGCUGUUAGGGUCCUAAUCAAGAGUGUGUGUGUGUGUGUGUGUGUGUGUGUGUGUGUGUGUGUGUGUGUUUGUGUGUGUGUGUGUGUGUGUGUUGCAAUCAAGUGCUGAAAUGUGUGAAAUGUUGGACACUUCAUGUCUUUGUCAUAACACACCCUGCAGCAGGCGGACUGAAGAGCAGGCUGCUGGCUCUGUGUGUGUGUGUGUGUGUGUGUGUGUGUGUGUGUGUGUGUGUGUGUGUGUGUGUGUGUGUGUGUGUGUGUGUGUGUGUGUGUGUGUGUAAUGACAGGCUCUCUCAGUACACAGUGUUUGCUCUGCUCUGACUUGUUGCAGGGUGACACUGGAUGCCUUCAGCAUGACUCCGUCAGAGUUCCUGAUAAGAGUCGAACUCAAACUGCUGCUGGAGAACAAACCCGCCAAGGUGUCCGCAUUCCUUACUGUAAGGGGGGGGGGGGGGGGGCAGUAAAGUCAGAGGAAGUGUGUUAUCGCUACAUCAGGACAGAGAGCUUUCAGGUUUGGUUCGGUUCUGUUUGUGAAGUUUUUCAAAGUAAAUCUCCUCCAAUCCUCCAGGAUAGAUCCUUCAUUUGUGACCUAAUUCCAUUAAAGGUUGUUCCUAAUAUACUGACCUAUUAAAUUCACUCCACAUCACACAUGCAGACACAGCUCGUGGGAUCAUAGUUAGGUUCUUCAGAACACGUAGAACGGUCCUGAAACCAUCAGAGGGAGGAGCACACAGCUGGGCUUAUCUCCCUCCUCCUCCAGAACCCGUGUCUGUCCUCUGUUCUGGUCCUCCCAGAUACUUGAGGCUCACCAGGUCCUGCUUUGAUGGGAAGAACUGAGUCUCAGUUUCACUGUUUUUGUUUCCACUAAAGGUCCUGGUUCGGUUUAGUUCGGUCGACCUGGAUCUUCUUGUGUUUCUGUAUAUAUAAAAAGCUUUUCAAAGUAAAAGCCUGUAAUCUUAGUUUCUGUCCAACCCCAUAUGUGAGCGACCAGGACAAACAGAUCUGACUGAGAGUUUUUGAUCUGCUCUCCAGGCUUGUUUUGUCUUUAUUAGAGAGGACAGGAUGGAGAGAAGUGACAUGCAGGGAAGGCACGACCUCUGUAUACGGAGCGCCCUUAGACCGCCAUGCCGGCGGCGCCCUGAUUUGACAGUGAUGUGAUGAGGAUAAACAGGCUGAACGGAUGCUGAAAUAACCGCCAUGAGGAGGCUGGUCUGGAAUAAGUCUGAAUGUAGGAUUGAUCAAGAAUAAGAAGAAAACAAGUCAAAAUCUGAGUUUUUUAAAAUGGGGUUUGGUUUAUAGAUCUAUACUUCACUAGUCUUUACUUUUACAGCAGCGUCAGAGGAGAGUGACUGAAACUAACCUGUGAGAUUUAACAGAGGUCAAAGGUCAGCACAUAGUGUCAGUUAUUUCCUCGGACACCUGACAGACUCGUGGGUUUUAUGGCGGUGAUGACCAUGCAGUAUGACUCUCAGCCAAUCAGGAUAAAGAACACAGGUUAUGGUUAUUCUCUGAACCUGUAACAUCUCAGAGGAACACCAGCAGCACCGUGACUGUGCUGUUGUUCCAAAAUACCAUCGCACACACACACACACACGCACACACACACACACACUCUAAUCCCUGAUUGGUCUAAUUUGCCUAAUCUUCCUGCUUCUUCAUGAGGUGGAAACUCAAACUAAAUACUCUGAUCAGUUUUCGAGAGGAUUCAAACAGGCCUCUGUGUCUCUGAUCAGGAUUAUUGAUCAGGAUUAUUGAUCAUUUAUGAUCUGUUUUAAAUUCCAUCGUUAACCUGAAGGAUUUAUUUUCAUAUCCGGGGGUUGACAUGAACUUUUUACGCAAGGAGCACAAAGAACUUCAGGGGAACAAUGAAAAUUAAUCAAUAAUGUUUGUCUUAUUGAUCGACCUUAGUACUAUUAUUAGAAAUCAAUUUGAGGUCUUUUGGUCACAUGACAGUGAAGCUAUUGAAGGAAAACAGCCUUUUCUGAGAACAUCAACCGGUAAUUUAUUGACGGUCCCUUAUUCAACACCGACGUUGACAGUGAGGGUGUCGAGUAGAUUUAACCGCGCUGCUGUUGUUAUUCCGGGUUAUGGAGAGUGAGAAGACACCUGUAGAUCCUCAGAGAAUGUCCGUCAGAUAUCCAACCUGAAACUAACUUCACCGCCGUAUUUACAGGAAAAUAUAUCCAACCUAAAACUAACUUCACCGCCGUAUUUACAGGAGAAUAUAUCCAACCUGAAACUAACUUCACCGCCGUAUUUACAGGAAAAUAUAUCCAACCUAAAACUAACUUCACCGCCGUAUUUACAGGAAAAUAUAUCCAACCUGAAACUAACUUCACCGCCGUAUUUACAGGAAAAUAUAUCCAACCUGAAACUAACUUCACUGCCGUAUUUACAGGAAAAUAUAUCCAACCUGAAACUAACUUCACCGCCGUAUUUACAGGAAAAUAUAUCCAACCUGAAACUAACUUCACCGCCGUAUUUACAGGAAAAAAACGUGUUGUUUUUUUUUAUUCGCACAUGUGACCCUAAAUACAUUUUAUUAUUCACACUCGUCUAUUUUUAGUCGCCCUGUGGCGCCCUGAUAUCUCAGCCGUUACUCUGAUCCGUGUUAGGUGUGUGUCAGUGAUAUAAAAACCAUGGAUGUGAGGUUGUUUUGGUCGUUUCUGCUCGAACCCUGACAUGGACUCAUUAGCUGUGUUUGUUUGUUGUGUCCACUGAGAAACCAGUUCAGCUCUGGUUUAAAACCAGCGGAUCUCCCUGCUGAUUCAGAUGUUUGGUCCUGUUGGAGGUUUACGGUCUCUGCUUCUUGUUAAAAGGAUCUGAGCUCUUAGAUGUUUGUGUUGGGGGGGGGGGGAUGUGAGGAGACGCCAGGAGCCUCCACUUCCUGUUUCAGUCUGAAGGAAAGAUGCUGAGCAGGUACAAACCUUGACCUCUGACCUUCUAAAGUGGAGUAAUGUUUCCUGACUGCUGCUCAUCGCCUCCUUCAGAGUUGUUGUUGUUGUUGUUGUUUUUACUCAGUAUCUAUUAAUAAAGAGGUGUGUGUGUGGACGUGGGCGGGGCCUGAAGCGGCGCUUUAGUGACUCUGCUGUGGGGGGGCCGGCUGUAAUUAGGCGUCCUGGCCUACUGGGCCCUGCUCUGACAGCCUGAUCCCAGCUGGGCGCUAAAAGAAGAGCGGCCUGAAAUAACUCCAACACACACACACACGCUGAAGUUUGUCAAAGUUUCGACUCGGUCAUCACGGCGAGGGUUUAAAAACUGCGAGUGUGUCAGCGGCGUGUCCACUCGUGUGUCGAUGACGCAGUUGUCCAGAGGAAUGGCGGUUCAGGCCGCCGCUCAGACCGCCUGAUAUGUCAUCCUGGUAAAUCUGGGCCAGUGAGCUCACCACACACACACACACACCGCUCCUUCAUCAUCAUCAUCACCAUCACCCGGCGCUCUGACCUCACUCACACUCCCCAAAGGAGCGCUUGAUUCAUGCUCGCCAGGUGCACAGGGUGGGAGGGGCUGCGUGACCUCAGCUCUAAGCUCUAAAUGAGCGGUCCGCUCGCUGUUGGAACCUCAGGAUCAGGAUCACAUUAGUCCAAACCCAGGUUGUAAAAACCCAACAGGUGUGACCUUUGACCCCUGAGAUCAGCCCGGAGAAUAAAACCGUGUCAUCAGCUCCGGUCCUGAGAACAUGACUGUUUCCUGUCUCAGCGUGUCGUUGGUCUGACUCUCCUCAGGUGUUUGAGGGUUUACCCGUUCAGGUCCAACACAAAGACUCUGGAGGUCUCUGGUUGUUCCUCUGAUGGGGUCUACAGCUGUUCCAGGUCUUCACUGUGGACCAGGAUCUCCUCCCCCAGACCGGACUGAGAUCUUCACGUCCAAACAGCUGAGAGUUUUCAUGGAGGAUCACAGUCGACCGACACGACCUCUUCUCAGACAUGAACCACACACACACACACACACACGAACACACACACACACACACACACACUGAAGAGGACAGUGUCAGCUCAUUAGAGAGGUCAGAGGUCACCGUAAACGGCCGUUAAAUAUACGUUUAUGUCAUGUCGUAUGUGUCAUGGCCGACUUCCUGUUACUGUCUAUGACUCAUGGUGACAUCACUGAUCCUUUUAUGGUCGUGGGGGAGGACAGACAGGAACCCUCUUCAGGGACUAAAGUCUGUGUGUGUCUGAAUCCUGGACCCGCUCCAUGUUGGAUUGUUUCCUUCUGGUAUGUAGGGGGGCGUGUUGCUGUGGCUGUCAAUCACAGAAUCAGCCAAUCAGAGCAGAGUUAGAUGAGAGUGCUGUGUUAUGUAAUCCCCCUCUGUGUGUGUGUGUGUGUCUCUUUUAGCGCUCCCGGGAUGGGCUGGGGGGGCUUCUGGUUUCCCUGUCGUCAAGGCGACCUUUACUCGAGGAAGUCUCGACCCCCCAGUUUGCCUCUCGUCCCCCCUGUUGCCAUGGACACCCUGGCAGAGCUCUCCGAGUAUAAAUAGCCGUCAGCCUCCAUCAGUGUCGGGUUUCAGGAGCAGCUGCUCACAGACGGACAGAUGGAGAGACCACACCUGUCUCACUGUCCGUCCAUUUGUCCAUCAGGGAGAGACAGGAGGUCUGCAGGUCCAUGAGGGGGGUCCGAGCCCCUCACUGUGGCCAUGUUCGUCCAACACAGAGAGACAUAAAAUGACUGUAUUACUGUCAGCGUUCAGAUUUACAGACUCCCCUGAAUGCAUCAGAAGUGACGAUCUGACCAAACAAACAAAAACAAACAUUUUGUUAGUUCUGCUGUUUUCCUUUAAAAACACCACAGAAGAAGAAGAAGAAGGAGAAGAGCGUCUGCAGUCUGAUGAGUUUUUAUAAUCCCGAUUAUCCUCUCGGCUGGAUUUACGGCUCCGUCAAAGAAAUACCUUCAAAGGAAAAACGCUCAGAGUGUCUGAGGAAUCAAACCGACGCCGGCGCCGCCGUGUUUGUUGAACAUCAGCUCUUCCUGUUUGAAUCAAAGACCAAUCACAGCUCAGCGUCAGCGUUUCUGUAUCUGUAACUCUUCUGUGUGUGUUUUUUUUUUUUAUGAUCAAAGUCCAAACAGGAAGUGGUGUCACCGUCAUCAUGUUCAUCCAUGACAACCUGACUAAUCCAUCUUUCUUCUUCUUCUUCUUCUCUGUGUGUCUGCAGGCCAGGAUAGCGUUCCUCCAGGGUGAGAGGAAAGGUCAGGAGAACCUGAAGAACGACCUGGUUAGAAGAAUAAAAAUGUUAGAGUACGCUUUAAAACAGGAAAGGUGAGGAACUGGUGCUGAUCCUGAGUCUGAGUGAAGACCUGGGACCGUGACGUUCAGGGUUAACCUGCUUCUUCUUCUUCUUCUGCUCCUCCACAGAGCGAAAUAUCACAAGUUAAAAUACGGAACCGAGCUGAACCAAGGAGAGAUGAAGAUGCCGAGCUUUGAAUCAGGUGAGAGGGAGUCCUCUUAGAUCUGCUUUUAGACCAGGAUCACCUCCUCCUCUGCUCUGAUGCAUGAUGGGAAAAAAGGAGAACCUCACAUCUGUUGUGUGUUUCAGACACCAAAGACUCCGAGGUCUCAGCUGUUCCUGCCAACAGUCAGCUCACCUGGAAACAAGGAAGACAACUACUCAGACAGUAAGAGGGCGUCCCUGAACAUAUUAUUAUUAAUAAUAAUUAUAAUAUUAUUAAGAAUAUGAAUAAUACUCAGACAGUAAGAGGGCGUCCAUCAAUAUAUCAAUAAUAAUAAUAAUACAAAUAAUAUUAAUAUAGAUAAUACAACUACUCAGACAGUAAGAGGGCAUCUGUCAAUAUAUCAACAAUAAUAAUAAUACAAAUAAUAUUAAUAUAGCUAAGACAACUACUCAGACAGUAAGAGGGCGUCCCUGAACAUAUUAUUAUUAAUAAUUAUUAUAAUAUUAUUAGGAAUAUUAAUAAUACUCAGACAGUAAGAGGGCGUCCAUCAAUAUAUCAAUAAUAAUAAUAAUUAAAAUAAUAUUAAUAUAGAUAAUACAACUACUCAGACAGUAAGAGAGAAUUUCAAUAUAUCAAUAAUAAUAAUAAUGUUAAUAAUAGAACUACUCAGACAGUAAUAAAAAUAUUAUUAAGAAUAUUAAAAAAAAUCAGACAGUAAGACGACAUCUGUCAAUAUAUCAACAUUAACAAUAAUAAUAAAAAUGAAAUUAUUAUUAUUAAGAAUAUUAACAAUACUCAGUAAGAGCGUCUGUCAUCAUAAUGCCAAUAACAAUAAUAAUAAUAAUAUUAUUAAGGAUAUUAAUGAUACUCAAAAAGUAAAAAGGGGCUUUGUCAAUAUAUCAAUAAUAAUAAAAAUAAUAACAAUAUAACUACUCAGACAGUAAGAGAGUCUCUAAAAAAUAUUCGUUAUAAUAUUCAUAAUUUAUUUUUAUAAUUAUUAUAAUUAUUAUUAUUAUUACUAUCAUUAUAAUAUUAUUAUCAUUAAUUAAAUAAUUAUCAAUAAUAAUUAUGAUAUAAAAAUUAUGAUAAUAAAAUAAUGUUGUUGUUUAUAAUAUUUUUUUAAAUAAUAAAGAUAAUGAUUAUAAUUUUAUUAUUAAUAUUACUAUUUUUCCUUUUAUUAUAAUUAUUAUGGUUUCUCAUUUAUUUACUAAUUUUAAAAAAUAUAUUUUUAUUUUUCAUGUAUUUUAAUUUUUUUUUUUAUAUGUACAAUUCUCCUCUGUAAUAAAGUUUAAUAUUGCGAUACUGACUCAGCAGUUCUUCAGGACUGUGUCUGUGGAUCAGAACCAGAACCAGGUGCAGGUCUAACUGGGUCUGUGUGUGUCUGUAGGUACCUGCAGGAGGUGGGUUACACAGACACCAUCCUGGACGUCCGUACUCAGAGGGUCCGCUCUCUGCUCGGUCUGUCGGGUUCUGAGCAGAACGGGUCCGUGGAGAACAAGAACCUGCAGCACCUGAUCAACGGGACGGAGCGCCGCAAGGACACGAAGAGGUACGGACUCACCUGAACACUGACACGAGUGUAAACAACCAGAGGUCAGAGGUCAACAUCUCUGUGUGUGUGUGUGUGUGUUCAGGAGUCCAGGGGACGUUUUAGAGACGUUCAACUUCCUGGAGAACGCCGAGGACAGCGACGAAGACGAGGACGAAGAGGGAGACCUGAUGGACGACAUCGCCACGGACAAACACCACAGAGCCAAGAAACACAAAACCAAGGUACACACACUGACACACACACACACAACAACACACACAUUGACACACACACAGACACACACUGCUCCCUCCUCCUCCUCCUCCCUGACCAUCUUCCUCCUCCUGCAGGUCGGGAACGAGGGUUUGGCGUCGGAGGACGACGCCGACACGGAGGAGGCGCUGAAGGAGUUUGACUUCCUGGUGACGGCGGAGGACGGCGAGGGCGCCGGAGAGGCCCGGAGCUCCGGAGACGGGACGGAGUGGGGUGAGAUCUCAGGUUCUAUCUGCUCUCUGUGUUCAGUCAGGGCUUCUUAAAGAGUCGGGUCAGAACCAGAACCAGACAGUGAGUGUGGUCCAGAGCGUCUCAGGAUAACGACUGCUGUGAUUGGACGUUUUAUAAAUAAAGGUUAAUUGAACCAGAACCAAGUUUUAGUGCAGGUGAUCCGAUCAGAACCGGACCAAGACUCAGAACCGGGUCACUGAAGUUAAACUCAAAUACAGAAAAAGAUGGUGACUCAAAGUCACAUGUUUGUGUCCGCAGCCGAGCCGCUACCGUUUCCUCGUGGCGGGGGGAAGUCCUUCCUGUUGGGCGGGUCAGACGACGUGUUGGAGAGCGUUCUGGGUUUAGGCGACCUCGCUGACCUCACCGUCACCAACGACGAGACAGACUACAGCUACGACGUAAGGAGGACACCUCAGCUCAGCACGCCGUUCACUGAUUAUGAUGUCACGAUUUAACCUUUAACCUUUUUCCUAACCUCAGCUGCCGUCCAAUAAGGAGUCUUCGUUCAGGAAGACCUGGAACCCAAAGUACACGCUGCGGAGCCACUUUGACGGCGUGCGAGCGUUGGCCUUCCACCCCGUCGAGCCCUGCCUGGUCACUGUGUCCGAGGACCACACCCUCAAACUGUGGAACCUCACCAAGACCGUCCCCGCCAAAAAGUACACAAACACACACAAACACACACACACACACACACACACACACACACACACACAAACACACACAAUUGAGGAAACAAACUCUGUCUGAACCCCUCAGUGGGUCUAGAUCUAGAGGAUCUAGAAUCCACCUGUCAGAUCAGUCACAGUCCUGCAGAGACUCCGCCUCCUUCUCUAAUGAUUCACUCUCCUCCUUCACUACAGGAAGUCAGGAAGAUUCUCUUCUCCUCUACUCUCCUAUUUCCUCUCCUUUUUACUCUCCUCUCCUCCUCUCCUCCAUUCCUCCUCCUCCUCUCCUCUCUCAGGGAUCUGUCAGUAUUUACAUCUCAUUUUCUCCUCACAGCAGCGUUCCUGACUCUAUUCAUCCAGACUUUAAACACACACUCUUACACACACAAACACACUCACACACACUCUUACACACAGUCAGGCACAAACACACAAACACACACACACACACACACACACACACACACACACACCGGUGUCCUCCCCCUAAUCCUCUCUCUGAACUCAGGAUUUUCUGCAGCUCCUCUUCCUCAGCUGAUGAUGAAGCUGAUGUUGGUGUUGUGUUCAGGGACCGUCUGGAUUUCUCAUUUCUCUCUCUCUCUUGUUUUUCAGAAGUGCCUCCUUUGAUGUUGAACCCAUCUACACGUUCAGAGCUCAUGUGUACGUACACACACUCUCUCACCCUCAGCGGAGGGAACGUUUUAUAGUUUUUUUAAAGAGUUUAAAAAGUUUUUUUUUUUUUUUAGUUUAAUUUUUUUCUAAGUUUAUAAAAUUUUAUUACAAAGUUUAUACAUUUUUUUAUGUUUAUAAAGAUUUUUUAAAAAGUUUAUCAAGUUUUCUUAAAGAGGUAAAAAAGCUUUUUUUUAAAAGUUUUAAUUUUUUUUAAAAAGCGUAUUAAAUAUAUUUUUUUAAAGUUUAAGUUUUUUUAAAGUUUAUAAAAAAAUUAUUUUAAUUUUUUUGUAAAAGUUUGUUUUUAUGAAAAAGUUUAUGAAGUUCUUUUUAAAAGUUUAUUAAGUUUUUUUAGAGUUUUAAAUGUGUUUUUAAGUUUAUAAAUUUUUAUUAAAAAGUUUAUAGUUUUUUCAAAAGAUUAAAAAGUCUUUUUUUUUUAAGUUAAAAAAUGUAUUUAUUUGUUUCCUCUGCAGCGGUCCGGUUUUGUCGUUGGCGAUGACCUCCAGCGGCGAACAGUGUUUCAGCGGCGGCAUCGACUCGACCAUCCAGUGGUGGAACAUCCCGAGCUCCAACGUGGACCCCUACGACACCUACGGUACACAAACACACCAGAACCAGAACCAGAACCAGAACCAGCUGCUGGGACCCCACAGAGUUCCUGCCUUUUUCAUACGGUUUGAGGGCGGGGUCUUGUGGACCUGGUUCUGAUUGAGUUCAGAACCUCAUUUCACACGGUCCAAACAGGAUCUGGUUCUGUUUUUAAAUCCACCAAACCAGAACCAGGUCCACUGACUUCAAACAGAACCAAUCAGGGACAAGAGAACUUACUCAUCAAUAAUAGACUCCGCCCCUCUGUUUUCUCUCCUCCAAUCAGAUCCCAGCGUCCUGGCCGGGUCGUGGCUCGGUCACACGGACGCCGUGUGGGGAUUGGCUUACAGCGGCAUCAAGAACCGCCUCCUCUCCUGCUCGGCGGACGGCACGGUCAAACUGUGGAACCCGGCGGAGAAGAACCCCUGCAUCAGCACUUUCAACACAAACAAAGGUGAGGGCGCCGCCCCCUAGAGGACGCCGCCGCUGAGACCGCAGACUCUCCUUACGCUUCAUUAACCACCAUUCUGUGUGUGUUCACAGAGCACGGCGUCCCCACGUCGGUGGACUUCAACGGCUGUGACCCCGCCCACAUGGUGGCGUCCUUCAACAGCGGCGACGUGGUGGUGUAUGACCUGGAGACUUCCCAGAAUGCACUGGUGCUGAAGGGGCAGGGAGAGAGCAGUAAGACUUACACACACACUCACACACACACACACACACAGACUGAAUCAUUCUGACCUCUGACCUUCUUUGUCCCGCCCCCCCAGCCCUCCCGGGGUCCAAUCAUAUCAAUAAGGUGGUGAGUCAUCCCACGCUGCCGGUCACCAUCACCGCUCAUGAAGACAGACACAUCAAAUUCUACGAUAACAAGUCAGGUGAGUAAGCUCCGCCCCCCACCUGUCUGAUCUCAGGUCGUCUCUCAGACACUUCCUGUCCUAAAGAGCGUCAUCUGUGGCCCCCUGGUGGGCUGUGAGGGAACUGCAGGUGGGCUGUCAGAGAACAUCUUUAUCUGACGGUCUGAGGUUUGAGUUUGAUCAAAGAAACGGAGACGAGGAGAGAAACCAGAUUAAUGUUUCAGACCGCCGUUUUUAAAGGUAGAGAAACCAGAUUAACGUUUCAGACCGCCGUUUUUAAAGGCGGAGAAACCAGAUUAUUGUUUCAGACCGCCGUUUUUAAAGGCGGAGAAACCAGAUUGAUGUAUCAGACCGCCGUUUUUAAAGGUGGAGAAACCAGAUUAUUGUUUCAGACCGCCGUUUUUAAAGGCGGAGAAACCAGAUUAUUGUUUCAGACUGGCGUUUUUAAAGGUGGAGAAACCAGAUUAUUGUUUCAGACUGGCGUUUUUAAAGGUAGAGAAACCAGAUUAAUGUUUCAGAUCGGCGUUUUUAAAGGCAGAGAAACCAGAUUAUUGUUUCAGACUGGCGUUUUUAAAGGUAGAGAAACCAGAUUAAUGUUUCAGAUCGGCGUUUUUAAAGGCGGAGAAACCAGAUUAUUGUUUCAGAUCGCCGUUUUUAAAGGUGGAGAAACCAGAUUAUUGUUUCAGACUGGCGUUUUUAAAGGUAGAGAAACCAGAUUAAUGUUUCAGAUCGCCGUUUUUAAAGGCGGAGAAAAACCUUCAAAAUCAUCAUCAAACUGGUUUAUUUCCCGUUGAGGCGGACCACUCUCCUCCGUGUCCCUGAGCUGCUGCUUCAGAUCCGUCACUCUGCUGUGAGGUAGUUAGUGGAUAAAGAUCGUCAGGAGGUCACUGUAGCGCCAUCUACAGGAUAUAUAUUGUUAUCUUUUUAUCGCCCAGCCCUAGUUUGUUCCUGCAGGUGUGACUGAGGUCAGACACACACAGACUCCUCCCUCCGUUUCUCACCUGUCCGUCAGUGACCACAGGUGAGGGUCAUUUUCAGGAGUCCUGACUCAGCUCUAAAGCUAACCCCGCCCCCCUCUGGUUCUGAUGUCUCAGGUAAAGUGAUCCACGCCAUGGUGGCUCACCUGGACGCAGUGACCAGUCUGGCUGUGGAUCCAAACGGGAUCUACCUGAUGUCCGGCAGUGAGUGUUUCUUUAUUUUCUCCUCCUCACCUUCGUUGUCACCUCUCCUUCCUUCCUUCCUCGUUUUUUUCUCCUCGCUGUCAUUUCCUAACUCCUCCUUCUCUCCAUCUGUUCCUCCGUCUUUCUUUUUCCUCUUCUUCUCUCCAUCAUCUCUUUUCUAACCUCUUCUUCUUCUUCUUCUUCUUCUCUUCCUCAGGUCACGACUGCUCGCUGCGUUUGUGGAACCUGGACAGUAAAACCUGCGUUCAGGAGAUCACGGCUCACAGGAAGAAGAGCGAGGAGGCGAUCUACGACGUGGCCUUCCACCCCUCCAAGGCCUACAUCGCCUCCGCCGGAGCCGACGCCCUCGCCAGGGUCUACGUGUAGACGAGGAAGAGGAGAAGAAGAAGAAGACUGCAGGGCGAGAGACAGAGAGACAGACUUAGAGAGAGAGAGAGAGAGAGAGAGAGAGAGAGAGGCGGGCUGGUCUGUGAGACACAAACUAACAAACAGUAUUCAGGUCUGAGAGAGAAGAGAGGAUGACUGAACACACACACACACACACACACACACGCACACUCACACACACUCACACACACACAAACACACACACACACACUCGUUCAGCGUCGUGGUCGUUUUUUAAGGUCGACUCUGAGCAGCUCCCCUCUCCUGUGAUGUCAUCUCGCCGUCUGUCUCCUGAUGACACUACAUGAAGCCCCGCCCCCUCCCUCAUGCCCCUCCCCCCCAUCAUAACACUAUUCUGACCUCCUGACCCUCAGACGGAGCGGACGAAGCUCUUAAAGGAAAAACCCCCAAAAACCUGCUGCUGGUUCUGGUCCAGCAGGUCCAGUUUUUGGUUCCUGCUGCUCUGAGGAACGUUUGGAUUAUCGUUCAAAUAUUCCAGAUUAUCAAAGAUCUAAAGGGGAGUCUUCAGGUCUGAGGAGUUUUAAACAGUCAGGAGGAACAGACCUCCAUCAGGACCUCCAUCAGGACCUCCAGCUCCCAUGGUUGGAGAUCUGAGGAGGAUCUGAAGGUCAGCGAACAAACAUCUGAGACACUAAACUGACCAAUGAGUGAAGAGAGAAACAGACUCUCCUCAGUCAGGAGGACUUCUCCAACCUCCUGGACCUCCUCCUCCUCCACCAGCAGCAGGACCUGAGGGGGUUUUUCCUUUAAGACCUGGACCUGGAGCAGGGGUCCCAGAAGACGCACAGAUGGUUUGACCUUUGAACCCUCCGAUUUUUCUGUUUGUAGUUUUUAUCGGAUCUUCACGAUCCGAGUCACGGUCAAACGUCAGGCCUCUGCGUCCUCUCUGACAUCCUGCGAGCUGAUUGGACGACCUUGGCGGGAGCGGCUCCUGAGGACUGUUAAAGUCACCCUCACCUCAGCCCCUGGUGGGCCAAUCAGAGCCCUGCGUUCGAGGAGCGAAGGAUGGCGAGGGUUAGCGUUCCUGUAGUUCCUCGCGGAGGUUUUCUGUUUGUGUAAAAUAAAUCUAGUUUUUAUAAUCGUUUUUAUAAACAUGGAGGAUCCUCGUCCCUCAGUCCCGUCCAGUCCUGCCGUCAUGACGCUCACAGGCCCCGCCCACCUUCCUCCUUUGACGUAUAAAGAUGGAGGAGCGUUGGUUCUUUAGAGAGGAGGAGGAGGAGGAUCAGUCCCUCAGGUUUCUUCUUCUUCUUGUUGCGGUCACAUCUGCGGUUCUGACGGUUCGAGACAAUCGACACGAGAAACCGGAUCAAACCAGGAAACUUUGAACCCGAGCUCCAAAAACGCAGAGUCAGCGUGUGACGUGAAGAAAAUCCCAUUUUGACAUUUUUUCGUCGUUAAGGUCGAUUUUUGUUUAAAAACACAAAGAUCGUGAAAUGACGAAACUGAAGCUUCACUGAGUCGUUCAAAGAUUCACUCAGCAGCAACGAUUCGAGUCAGAACCGGGUCGUGUUUACCAUCAAGAAGACCAGGUGGGGUGGGGUGACGUGUUUUUCCUCCCCUUCUCAGUCCACCUUAAAGGGAUACUCCGGCGUAAAAUUAAAAGGUGUUUUUAUUGAGCCGAAUUAUCAAUAAAAUCAUGAUUUUGUUAACAGGUAUGGAUUUAUGAGCUGUCGAGUUAAUAUAUAUGAACAAGAGCACAGUAAAGUUAAAUCAGAUAAUUUUCCAAUGAGGUUCUGUUACUGAACGGAACUACACCAUGUUCUACUGAGGUUAGUACAUAUAGGGUCACAGACAUAGUACUAGACACCAAACAUCUUUUUAACUUUGACUCAUUUCUUUAGCAAAGAGACUAAACACAACUCACCUACUCUCUUCCAGCAGACGCUUGUUUGUAGAGAGACCUCAGGCCAGUCCAUUAGGGACUACAGCGGGGUGCCGCAGCUCAAGGAAGAACAUUUAUGAUCAUUUCUUUAUCAUUUCUUUGAAGUAAUAAUCACCAUAUUAAUCAUUUUACAGACGCGGUAGUUCUUCUGUCUUAGCGUCUCGGUCUGAUUGUAUUUCCAUGAAGAAAUGAUCAUAAAUGUUCUUCCUUGAGCUGCGGCACCCCGCUGUAGUCGAUGGACAAACAAGCGUCCGCGUGGCUCUCUGUAUUUCUAUCCUGCGGUCGUUACUAAAGUUGGUAUAACUAGAGAAGUAAGCGGUCGGCAACAUUCAUCUCUGGAGGGGGGGUCUAACUCGGUGUUACGGUGGGUUUGACCCUAAAUUAAUUUUACGACAGAAUAUCCCUUUAAGUGUUAACAGGUCUAGAAAAGUCUCUGGUCUCAGUUUGAUCUUUUCGGCUUUAAAACUGUAACAGAGUCUUUAAUAGGAGAGUUUGGGGAUUCAGAAAACCCUCUUCAGUCCUCCUCCUCUUCCUCCUCAUCUUCCUCCUCCUCCUCCUCCUCCUCCUCUUAGAUCACUGUGUGAGUUUGAGUCCACUUCACUUUUCCUCCAACAAGCAGAGUUUGAGUUUAUUUUUUAUCACUGAACGUGUUUUUAGUCUGUUUGCGCUCUGGGAGAAACUGUCCAAUCAGAGGCCUCCCGGGGCGGGUUUUAAACACACAGCUGCCGCCUGAUUGGCCGAACGUCCCGCCCGCCCGGCCUCCUGCUCUUGUUUGUAUUAAUUUAAGUUUUUAACUGAAGGGAUGAGGCGAGCGGCUCACAGAGAAGAAGAAGAAGAAGUUUAUUUUUCUUUAUUUUUCUCCCCUCCUGUGUAACUAAAGACUUUUGUUUGUGUAAUGAUGCAUGAAAACGAUGAUGAUGAUGAUGAUUAAUACGAUAAAACAACAAAAAAGUAUUUUUUCUAGUCUUCCAGAAAAUGGAAAAAAAAAGUUCUGAUCAGUUUGGAGUUUUGAUGAGUUUUGUAUGUUUUUGUUUCUUCUUUGAUUUACAGACGAUGAAACAGCAGAUUUUAAAGAUUGUACCACAUAGCAGAAUACAACAUCUGUAUAUAAAAUGUCUAUAAUAACUAUUAAAUGGUGUACCUGUACAGAGGCUGCUGCUGCUGCUGCUCCACGGCUCAUUCUGUCCACACUGCCAGGAAGUGCACUAUCAAAAUAAAAGUCCUGUGGAUGUUCAGUGACAUCAGAGCGUAAAACUUUGAGUCAUUGUGGCGAAAAGUUUACAGACGACCCCUGAAAAUCGAGUUUAAACUCGUUUAUGAAAGAUCAUGUAGAGCAGUGGGUCACGGACACGGUCUGGAUGGGUCGCCAACAGCUGGUCAGAAAAGUAAAUAUUUAAUGCGCACCUGAUGUUUGACAUGUCUUUUAUUUUGAAAAAUAUCGUAUUUUGAAAGGCACGCAUUAUGUUGUGGUCCUUCCUAUUAAUGUGGCCUGAAUGCAGAAAAAUUACACGUUUUUUUAUGGUCUCCAUUUUUGGUGAUUUUAUGAAAUAUUUUCUGUACAUGAAACUUGAUCAGUUGUCGUCCUCAGUUCCUGUUUUCUGAAACGCACUUUACUCCAUUUAAUGAAAGUUUUAAAUGAAAGAAGAAAAAUAAAAAACUAAAUUUCUGACACAGUUUUAGGAUCAUCAGAGUCCGGGUCACGGUAUCUUACUGUGACUGAAAGGUCGCUGUCAGACUAUUGCGGCGUUCAUGUUACCUCAGAAGUCCGACCUGGGAAUGACGUCACACCUGAGUUCCCAGCGUUUCAGUUACCAAGUCGGAAGAAAGUGGAAACAAGAUGGCUACAUCUACGAAAGUCAUUUUAGCGCUUGCCUAAUAUUCGGAAAAAGGCGCUAAAAUAACUUUCAUAGAUGCUGCGUCGUGUUUCCGCCUCUAAAUUUGUUUAUUUUCCGACUUGGCGUUGGUAACUCAGGUGUGACGUCAUUCCCAGCUCAGACUUCUGACUUCCGAGGUAACUCGAACGCAGCGUAAGUCGUGUUAGGAAUGUUUAAAAACGGUGGUGGACCGAGGACAGACCCCUGAGGGACGCCUGAUCUAACCCACUCUAACACGACUGUUCGAUGUUUACGUCUGAAAUAAACGUUCAGGGUUUAUUAGACAGGAAACAGACGUUUAAGUCAGCUGACUCAGCAGGUCCAGAGUCGGUUCUUAAAGGGGUUUGUUAUGAUCCACAUUUCCGGGUUUUCCAGAACCAUCCGGACGCUGACUCAUCAGUUUCAUCUUUAUUCAGAAUUUGUACAAAAAUCACCGUCACUCUAAACUCGACUCGACGUCGGACGUCCUCGUGUCGGCUCAGUCCCUCAGCGCGUGCUUCAUGGCGUGGACGCCCUCGAUAACGGUUAUGUGGGUUCUGGUGGUGAGCGGGCUGCCGGAGAGAGGGGCGGGGUCUAUGGUGAGCUGCUGCCCGCCGAUGGUCUCGGCGUCCAGGUGCUGACGUAGGAGGAGCUUCAGCUGCUGGUUCUCUCGGCUCAGGUCCUCUUUGUGUCUCUUCAGAACUUCUCGCUGCAGCGCGGCGGCGGCGACGCGCCGUGUCAGAUGAAGCAGCUCGGGUUUCUGCAGAGAGACACACAGAGGUCAGAAACAGGAAGUCCUGGUGACUCCUCCCACCAGUGUUCAGUCUGUUUCAUGGUCCACCCUGAACUUCUCUUCACGCCCGUUUCUUCAGUAAGUUCUGACAGACCCAGGAGCAUCAAGAUCAGAAGGAGUCUGAGGGACCCCCCAGUCCGGUCCUACCUCAGCUGGUUCCUGAGGGUCCGCUCCAGGUUCCUGUCUGAGCUCCUCUGGACGAAGUAACAGUCGGACUUUAUCCUCCAUCUUCUGACACAUCUCGCCCGCCCGGACCACCUUCUCGCCCUGCAGGACCAAAGAGAAACCAGAGUGAGCGGAGGACCGGAGACCACCUGAGAGCCAAUCAGAGUUGGAGAUCGGUCACCUUGGCGAUAACGGCCUUCAGUUUCUUGGUGGCGGCGUCGCUCUGCAUGGUGAGGUCGCUGAGCUUCUUCCUGGCGGCGGCUCGAGUCUGGACCAGCUGGUUCUGGAGUUCGUGCGUCUUGGGGCCCCUCAGGUUUCUCUGUGCGACCAGAUCCUGCUCCAUGGACUGUUUCUUGGCCUCGUUGGAGACCAGCUUCUUCUUCAGAUGGACGACGGUCUCCUAAGAGAGGAAACCAAAACCAACCAGAAAAAACUGAGACAGAGGAUCAGAGUUUAAAGAAACAGCAGGGGGCGCUCUACCUCAUCUGAAAAACAGGAGCCCAACCAGACCAGACCUGAUCGGACCAGAUCAGAGGACUCAUGAGACACGGUCUUAUUAAAAACAGUCAAACCCAAAAACCUGGACUGUGUCUCAGACUGCUGCUGUCAGCUCUUCGUCCUCAUACCUGCGUCUUCUUCACCUCCUCCUUGUUCUUCUGGACAGUCUGAACGUGUCUUUGAUGGUCCAGAAGUCUGUCCUCCUUACUCUCCAACUGUUCAAAGUCCCUCUUGGUCUUCUCCAGUCUCCUCCUCUCCUCCUUCAGCUCAUCCCUCUGGUUUACCUGCAGAGACGCUUUCUGCAAAGAGACAGAGAGACAGGGGGACUCAGGGACAAAGACCAGAGAGGGGACAGAAGGAGGACAGAGAGAGGACAGAGUGUGUCUCUGAGGUACUGUGUCGGGGUAAGCCUCCUUGUAGGACUGGAUGACGGCGUCGAACAGCGUCUGGAUCUCUCUGGUCACGUCUUCUUCCUCCAUCGUCAUGGCGAACUCCACGUCCUCCAGGUGAGCUGUCCGCUGCUCCGACUGUUCCAGGAUCUGCUUCCUGAAGACGGUGCAAAUAAAAAAAGAAAGAGUGCUGAUAAAAUAUAAAAAAUAAAAAAAAUAAAUAAAAGGAUGUAAAUAAAAAAGAAAUGGUGCAGAUAAAAAAAAAAAAAAAUUGAAGUUAAUGAUGCAAAAAAGAAAGAAAAAAUAAAAGGAUGUAAAUAAAAAAGAAAUGGUGCAGAUAAAAUAUAAAAAAUAAAAUAAAUAAAUAAAAGGAUGUAAAUAAAAAAGAAAUGGUGCAGAUAAAAAAAAAAAUAAAAAAUAAAUAAAUAAAUAAAA